AAAAUAUAAUCGAGUAUUCCAUUUUUUGUCACAUGUUAAGAUCAGAUCUCUAUUAGACUAUUACAGAUCACUAAAGAUUUUUUAUGUACAUUAUUAUUAAAAUAUUCGAAUAUCCAUUUCGUCGUUUUCUAGCUACACAUUUUUUUUGUUCGUUUGACUUCAACUCCAAUGCUUUUCUGGGCUCUUCUCUUUGCUUCCGUUCCCAAAAUAUUAUUUCAAAGACAAAGUUCCUCCCGACCCGACAUUAACGACUGUUGUCGUGAAUCAAGAAUCAAAUUUCCUAAGUUAUGAACCCUGAUCCAAUCUCUAAUGGGUUUUUGAAACCUCUUCUUACUGAAGAAGAGAAUGCAAAGAUUGAGGAAGUUAGAAAGCUUCUAGGUCCAUUGCCGGAGAAACUCUGGAGGUUUUGUUCGAAUGAGGCGGUUUUGAGGUAUCUAAGGGCGCGGAACUGGCAUGUCAAGAAAGCUGCUAAGAUGCUUAAAGAAACCUUGAAAUGGAGAGUUCAAUACAAACCUGAAGAAAUAUGUUGGGAGGAAAUAGCUGAUGAAGCAGAGACAGGGAAGAUAUAUAGAUCGAGUUGUGUGGACAAACAAGGACGACCUGUUCUUAUAAUGAGACCAAGUGUUGAGAAUUCAAAGUCGGUGAAAGGCCAGAUUAGAUACCUUGUGUAUUGUAUGGAGAAUGCAAUUCAAAAUUUGCCACAAGGGGAGGAACAAAUGGUGUGGAUGAUCGAUUUCAACGGUUAUAGCUUGGCGAAUGUAUCGUUAAGAACUACAAGAGAAACCGCUCAUGUGUUACAAGAUCAUUACCCAGAAAGAUUAUCUUUGGCUAUUCUUUAUAAUCCACCAAAGUUCUUUGAACCGUUUUGGAAGGUGGCGAGACCCUUCUUAGAGCCGAAGACACGUAACAAAGUCAAAUUUGUUUACUCGGAUGAUCCAAACAUCAAGCAGAUCAUGGAGGAGAACUUCGACAUGGACAAAAUCGAGUCAGCGUUUGGUGGAAACGAUGACUCGGGUUUCGAUAUUAACAAGCAUUCGGAGAGGAUGAAAGAGGACGACAAGAAAAGACUAGCUGUCUUGGAGGAUAUUGCUUCCGCUUCGCUAGACUCACUCAGCUUCUUAUCUGUCUCUGACGGUGCCUCCUCAAACGGUGCUCACCUGGGCUCUGAGGAUGUCUCCGAGGACGAGCAUCAACCUCGUGGUAUGAGUCAGUAAAACGGUUCUAUCCCGUGAUGACUAUAAAAAUAUCUAUAACUUCCAAGCACACAAGGAAAUAUAUAAUUGCACUUUGAGGUUAUGUAUGUUUUCUUUUCCUGUUGGACCGGAGAUUGAUGAGAGGACUUUGAUGACAAGAAACACUAUAUGGUAUACCUUCGAGUUAGGUUAGUUUCGGUUUUUUUCCGGUUCGGGUAAUUCAGUUGGUUGAGUAGUUUGGUUCCAUAAAAUUCAAAUAUGAUUAUAAAUAAAUUACAGUUCGGUCGGAUAUCGGAUGGUGCAGUAUUUAAUUUUUUAACUAACCGAUGUUUUUUGUUUUU